AUGUUUGGCGUGGAAGUGAAGUCAGUGACUGAGGGGGAUUCGGUCACUCUACAAGUCAGACUUACACAAAUACAAGAAAAUGAAGAGAUCGAGUGGAAGUUUGAAGACAUUCUUAUAGCUGACAUCAACAGAAAAGACAACAACAUCACAUACUAUAUUAAUGCUGCUGAUGGGAGAUUUAGAGACAGACUGAAGCUGGACACUCAGUCUGGAUCUCUGACCAUCAUGAACACCACAACUAAACACACUGGACAUUAUAAAGUAACUAGAGACCACUGGACCUCAGUCAACAACAAAUUCAGCCUUACAGUUAGUGGCGUAAUACGCAGUGGAGAGUUGACCAGGACGACGAUAGAGUCCAAUGAAGAACAGUUUCAGAAAGCAGGUCACCAACAAUCAAAUGAUAUAUUGCUACUAUCUGCUGCUGCUGCUGUUGUUGUUGGCUGUCUGUUGAUUGCUGCUGCAAUCUGGGUCUUCUGCAAAAAAAUCAGAACAUCUCAUCAAGAAGUUGAGACUCAUGCAGAAGAGAUCACAUAUGCUGAGCCAACAUUCUACAGAACAAAAGCACAGAAAUCGAGUGUUCAAGUGGAGCCUGAUGUGGUGUACGCAGGAGUCACUGAAGUUGCUUGGCAACAGAGGCACACAUAUUUAGAGUCACAGGAAGUAGCAGACACUGAAGUAGUCAUUUUUACCACUAUGGUGGUUCUAGGUGUGUUUGGUGUUAAAGUGAAGUCUGUGUCAGUGACUGAGGGAGAUUCGGUCACUCUACCAGUCAAACUUACACAAAUACAAGAAAAUGAAGAGAUCGAGUGGAAGUUUGAAGACAUUCUUAUAGCUGACAUCAACAGAAAAGACAACAACAUCACAUACUAUAAUAAUGCUGCUGAUGGGAGAUUUAGAGACAGACUGAAGCUGGACACUCAGUCUGGAUCUCUGACCAUCAUGAACACCACAACUAAACACACUGGACAUUAUAAAGUAACUAGAGACUACUGGACCUCAGUCAACAACACAUUCAGCCUUACAGUAUAUGCUCAUCUGGCUGCUCCUGUCAUCAACAGAGACUGUUCUUCAUCAGUGCAGUACUGUUCAGUGUUGUGUUCAGUGGUGAAUGUGAGCACUGUGAGUCUCUCCUGGUACAAAGGAAACAGUUUACUCUCCAGCAUCAGUGUGUCUAAUCUCAGCAUCAGUCUUUCUCUACCUCUAGAGGUGGAAUAUCAGGAUAAAAACACCUACAGUUGUGUGGUCUAUAACCCCAUCAGCAACCAGACCACAGAUCUGAACAUCAGCACACUCUGUCAACCAUGUCCAGAACAUACUCACCGCUUUGGUGUUAUUGAAGCUGUUAUUCGCUUGGUCCUCUCUGCUCUGGUGGGCGUGGCUGCUGUUGCUGUGCUGAUUUAUGACAUCAGAUCCAGACAUUUUCAUCUGAGGAGGAGAGUCCAAACGUUAGCAUCAAACACUGAUUAAUCACAUGCUCAUAAAGGUGAAGAAGUUUAUCAAUGGCCAAAAGCAAUUGUAUAGUAAAAAAAUUGAGAACAAGGUUUUCAUGUAAACUUAUGUGAAGACAAUUUUAACUGGCUUCACGUGUUCUCUCAUUUUACCUUCAAAAUUGUACAUUUUUUUUUUUUAAUAAAAAUUUACAUAUUGGUG